AUGUCACUCCGUUUGGACAUGGAACACAACUUUAACCACCUGUUGAUGAUUAAUUUGCAGGGCAUGCAACACAAUUAUUUCCCUAAGUAGACUGAUAGUUAUCAGCACAAGGAACGCAAAGGCCUCCAGAUAUAGAGACAUGAUUUGCUAAGCAUGGAGUACAAGAUUAUUAAGUUGUAUUUGAUCCACUAGUGCUAGAAGUAUUUGCAGGACAAUUUGUACAAGAACCAGUAGUUCCAUAAGUACCAGCUGGACAACUUUAAGCAUAUAAUAGGCUAAAAGUUAGCAUUGCUACUAUUGAAAAUUUAAAUAACAUUUUUAAUAGAAUUGUUUUUUUUUAUUCAGCGCUUAAUACUGAUUAAUUAAUUUUUUUUUUUUAAUGAUUUAUAAGCUUUUAUGAUAAAGAAGAUCUUUACUUCAAGCAAAAAGGCUAUAAUAGAAAGGUGUUUGGCUUAAACUUUAAACUUCUAUACUAAAACCAUAAAGAUAGAAUAAUUAUAUUCGUAAAAUAAGGAGUUUUAACUCCAAUCUUAGCUUUGA